AUAGGGAUCUACGUGAUCAUCCGCUUUGGUGGUCCGGUCCAAGCUGGUUAUCAAAACCUAUAAUUGAUAUUGAAAAAUUAAUAGAUAUUGACACACAGGAAGAAGAAAAAGUAAGAAGUUUGACAGCGUAUAAUACACAGAGUGAGGAGGACUUUAUUUGGGUUAAAUUUUCUAAUUUAGAUAAAAUGUUGAGAGUAAUAUCAAUUUGUCGAAGAUUUCUUAACUUGCUUUUGCCAAAAAAUGAACGGAGAAAAUUACCAGGACACGUUACUAUUGAUGAAAUAAAUCAGACUUUACAGAUAUGCAUUAAACAAGCUCAAAGUUUUGAAUAUCAACAAGAAAUACAGCAGAUACAAUUACAGGGAGAAACAUCUAAGAAGAGUGGUCUUUCCAACUUAUACCCAUUUUUAGAUAAAAAUGGGAUUAUGAGGGUUGGAGGACGUUUAGAACAGGCUGAUAUACGCUAUGACAUGAAACAUCCAGUGAUUAUUCCUGCUAAGAGUCACCUUAGUAGGUUAUUAAUCUGUGAUGCACAUGAGAAAACCAUGCAUGGCGGACCACAGCUUAUGUUAAAUUUCUUAAGGACACGGUAUUGGAUAGUAAGAGCAAAAGAGUUGGUAAAGAAACAUUUCAGGAAAUGUGUUAUAUGUCUUAGGUACUCAAAGGCAUCUAAUCAGCUCAUGGGUCAACUUCCAGGAGUGAGGCUAAAGCCUAGUAAACCAUUCAAAUCCGCUGGAGUUGAUUAUGCUGGUCCCAUAAAUAUAAGAUUUUCUCCUGGACGAGGUGCUAAGUCAUAUAAAGCAUACAUAUGUUUAUUUAUUUGCAUGGUUACUCGGGCCAUUCAUUUAGAAGUGGUUACGGAUAUGAGUGCAAAGGCAUUUAUUGCUGCUUUUCGACGCUUUGUCUCGAGACGUGGUCACUGUCAAGAUCUUUACAGUGACAACGGUACAAAUUUUGUUGGAGCCGAGAAACAACUAAAUGAAAUGUUCCACAACGCACGUUCUGAGUUACCGAGUGAGAUAUCACGUUUGCUGACCUUCGAGAAUACAAGGUGGCACUUUAUUCCACCUCAUGCUCCAAAUUUCGGAGGCCUCUGGGAGGCAGGUGUAAGGUCUGUCAAAACGCAUUUACGUAAAGUUAUUGGUGAUAGCACGCUGACUUACGAAGAAUUAUCUACAGUACUGACACAGGUGGAGGCUUGUCUAAACUCGCGUCCUUUAUCCGUACUUUGCGACGACAUUAAUGACCUACUCCCACUGACACCAGGUCAUUUCUUAAUAGGAGAACCCAUUCUUAAUGUAACUGAUGUUGAUUAUUCUGAUAAAAAAUGUACUGGUCUGGAAAGAUGGCAUUUGACUCAAAAAAUGGUUAACGAUUUUUGGAAAAGGUGGUCGAAAGAAUAUUUGUUAACUUUAGCUAAUAGAUAUAAGUGGAAUAAGAAAAACCCAGAGCCUGACAUCAAUGAUGUAGUAGUGUUAAGAGACGAUUUUUUGCCACCCUCUAAAUGGCUCUUAGGAAAAAUUGUUAAAAAACAUCCUGGCCCUGAUGAUAUCACAAGAGUCGUUACCGUAAAAUGUAAAAAUGGAUAUAUUAAACGUCCACUUCAUAAAGUUAGUGUUUUAACAAAAUAAAUAUGAUAUUGUCACGGUGGGCGGUUAUAAUUUCCAAUGUAUUCAAUGUUUGUUUAUGUUACUAUAGUUUUAUUUUCUUUGCGUUUUGUUUUCAUUAGAUUUUUUUUUGAGUUGUAUUUUUUUUUCUUAACUUUACUUUUGUUGUGUGUGUAAAGCCAUACUGUAAUUAAAAUGAGUUAAAUGAAUGUCUUAAUUUUUUGAGUCAUAUCUUCUAUGUACUAGCUGUUUUGUUGAUUGUGUUAGAUUUUAGUUAAGUUUGCUACUUAUUACACCUUCCGAGUAUGUUAUUUUUUUUAUUGUAUGUGUAUUGUAACUUGAAGGACAAGUCCUUGGUGGGCGGAAUGUUUGUUCAUUUAAUAUAUUUAUUUUAUUUUAGUUCCUUAAGGCAAUAAUAGAUGGCGCUGUAUGCCAGUUAAAUCGCGCUGUCAAGUUAUUUUUCUUAGACCUUAUACUCGGUAGCGAUUUGUUUCGGUGUGAAUAAAAUUGAGGAGAAUAAAGGAGUUUACAUACA